AUGAUCUCAGAAACUGGGAGCGACAACUCGAACGAACACAACCUCAGAUCCGAAGCGAGCUAUUUCCCAAACUCCCCCGUCUCCUCUUCUCCCGAAGCCGGGCAGCUAAGCAGGAGGCGGGACACCCAGACCACCAGCGGAAGCAUCAUCCCGGAGGAGAGCGGCAGCAUCCAGCCCCUGGUCUGCUCAGCCGCCGCCUGCAUCAUGACAUCUGGGGAGUUCAUGCAGACCGCUCCCCUGCUGGCGCACAAAUCCAAGAGGAGCCUGUUUUACAAGGCGCUCUGCUUCCUCCUGCUCGUCUUCCAGGGAGGCAUUCUAGACUUCUACCUCAUCAUCUUCACCGACCUGUACUGGUGCUCAUGGAUCGCCACGGAUCUGGUUGUGAUCUCGGGCUGGGGGAUUUUCUUCAUGAAGAACGCGCGGAGCAAGAGGGAGCGGGCCUGCGGCUUCCACCAGAAGAGCUCCAUCUUCGGCUGCAACCUCGGGGAGUUCACCUACGCCUACCUGGCCUGGCUCAUAUAUGUCAUCGCGUGCACUCCGAAGGUGGUGCUCAUCCUGGAGACGUCCAUUCUGGACCUGAUCGAGCUCAAGGUUCCGUGCGGUGUGACCGGCUUCAAGAUCAUCAUGUUGCUGUCCGCGCCGCUGCUCUUCUGCCUCAUCAACUCCAUCAUCGAGGAUUUAAACGGGGCGACGCGGCACCACUCCCAGAGCUGCUUCAUGAGCACCUGCCUGGACCUCCUGGACAGCUUCGCGCUGGUGGAGAUGCUGCUGAGGAACGAGAUCCCCACUGUGUACCUGAAGUACACCGUCAUCUCGGUGUAUUUCGUGGCCCUGGCCGUUCCGGUGAUCUGGCUUUACGAGCUGACGGCGUCGGAGCUCCGCUUCCGGUGGCUGUGGGCCCGCUUCUGCACGGGCCUGGUGGUCAACGCCCCCCUGCUUGUAGUCAGGUGUUUCCAGGUUUAUGUGUAUAGGAUGCCAGUGUCGGUGUUCAUGUUCAAAAACAUCUUCUUCUUAGUGUGUAAGUUCCUGGAGCUGGUGGAGCAGUGUGUGGCGUUGCGGGGGGUGCGGAGGCUGGCCGGCGGCAGCAACCCGGCCCAGUUCUCCCACUGCGUGUCCGAGAACGACAUGUGUCCGCACGGAUACGUCAACACCCUGGCCGUCACCCAGUCCUAAAGCUCGGGCCGUGGCCUGGAGCCGUCCGGCUGCUUGAGGGGAUGGCGGGAAAGUGGGUUGCGUUCAGGACACAGCUGGAAAUGGGAAAAUCCAGAUUAGGGCCGUUUUACUAAUGUAUAUUUUACUUCCAGAUAGUGGCUCUAAGUGAAGAAAAAUAGAAAGGCCAGCACAUCAAACCUACAUGAAAAGUAUUUAGGCAACAAUGUAUCAACAUACAAAACAUUGUAUGGAAAAGUUACUUUGUACAAUUAUAUUACAAAGUAAAUUAACAUUAAAUUGAAAAAAUAAAUUGAACUAUUUAUCCAGAUAGGCUAUACUUAAAGGGUCACUUUAUCGAAAUUACAAAAAUACAUAUUUGCUCAUUAAUCCCUAUUGGUGAGAGGUAAGGUGUAGAGGGGCCCCAGAUGCUUGGUAAUCCAACAUUGGACAAUGGUGGUGGGGAAAACAUAGCGUUAGUAUUACUCACAACAUUGGAAAAUGUGUCUUCCCACAAACAGUGUCGUUGUUGCUUUGGAGAAUCCACAGAACACACUGGAGGGGGUUUUCAUUGGAACUGUUUUAUAACAAAGAAAUAGUUCCUUUAAACUGUCUCUGUGUUCUUUGGAUUACCCACAGUAACACAAACAUCACUUGUGAAAAGAGAUGUUGCUUUAGAACUUAAAACUUCAAAAUGCAUCUACUCUUGUUUUGACUGUCAGCUCCGUUUUAAAUGUUGUGUACAGGAACUCUUUGCAAAUAUGUAUUUCUACGCCCUUAUCCUACACACAACAUCUUUAUACCUGGGCACAGAUUAUCAGCUAUUUUAAAGGGGACAUAUCAUGUUCGUAUUCAGGUUCAUACUUGUAUUUUGGGUCUCUACUAAAACAUGUUUAUAUUCUUUAAAGUUAAAAAAACAAACACUAUUUUUCUUAACAUAGCUGUAUUCACCCUGUGUCUGAAACGCUUCGCUUUAGCACCUUUCCCUUUAAGCCCCACUCCUGAAAAAGCCCAGUCAGCUCUGAUUGGCUUUCAAGAAAAAUUGCAAAAGUAGUUCUCAAGCGGUGGGUUGUUGGAUUCCCUGUUUUCUAAACUAGGCACCCCACCAAGCACUGACUGGUACCACAGUUUGUGGGUUGGUAGGCACUCCAGAUAACCAAAUGUACUUCCACAAGCCCUAAAAAAGUGAGUUUUUCAUGAUAUGUCCCCUUUAAAUGCAAGGCCCAAUGAACCUGCUAUAGAGCCGCGCAGUAAAAAUGCGACCUGGGCUUGUAUUGAGCAUGUAGUUGCAGCCCUGUAUUACAUUUUACAUCAAAUUACCACAAAGCAAUUGCGACAGAUACAAGCCGAGGCCUUCGGGCCGCUGAUAAUCCAGCCAUGACCAGCUGUGUUUAACCAACAACCACAUUGUGGUUAUGAUGGAUACAAAGUCCUGCAAUGCAAAGAAAAAAAAUCUAUAGAUUCAUUACUAUAGGCGAAAACCUUUUUUUAAAAUUAGGUUUACAGGGUAUGUUGCUACGUUGCAAUGUCGUCAGAUAACUGCAUCUCUAAAACCUUUGAUCUGACUAAUCCUUUUGAGAUUUCUACUUUAAAUUCUGACUUUUCGGGGCUGUUGACAUUUUUCACAACAGGAGAAUGGAUUUUCCAAUUUUUGGACAUGUCUGGAACGCAUCAUCUGUACCAGCCUUACAAUGCUACCUUUUCAAACCAGUCUACAGGUGCUACAGUCAAACCCAAUACCUACAAUAGCCUACAACAAACGGAGAACUAAACUUUAGUGCAUUGGACCGUGUGGCGUUAUGUGUGUUCCGUCUGUGAGUUUCACCGCUGCACUUGGAUGGAGUACAGAGAGACAGCGGCUGGACUUUGUGUCGUGUUGGAACGUAAAGUGCAAUUUAAAGAAUCCUCUGGUUUGAUUUGCCAGGGCUCGGCUCCUCCCGUGUACACCAGUGUUUCCUAUUGAUGACAGUGUUGUCUCUGCUGGUUCUUAAUGCUGUGUCCGGUACUAAGAGUAGAGUAGACACGCGUGUGAGUUAAUGCCAUGCAUAAAGAUCCAACAGUGCCACGACAAACAGGUUUUCUACAGCUCUUUUUCAAAUAGACCCCUGGCCAGCAGGAGUUUCUGUUGGCAUCACUGGCUGUGCUUCUGUUUUACUACUUCUCUCACUUCUGGGAGCACGAGUCCUAAAAGAUCACUGGCUUCUGUUCACUCGGAUAUGCGUCAUUUAAAGAGCCGCAGUUCUCCGGCUCAGGACCUAGGACUAGGACUAUUAAUUAAUUACUGGGCCUACAGUACUCCUUCUUUGCUUAAAGGUAAUACAGCUCAGCACUGAAUUUCAAUUUCAACACACCUUUGAGUUAUGUCUGAGACAAUAGAUAUAAGCGUUACUGUCUUAGUACUUAAUAUAGUGACAAGUACUGCCAACAGAGGCACCAGAUCAUCAGUGUUUAUUUGGAUCAUUUUGAAAGGCAAAGAGUUGGAGUUGUCAAGUGAGCAACUCAAAAGUUCUGUCCUCAUGACAGAGCUGCUAGGUUUGAGCUCUGUUGUAACUCUGUGCUUGGCUAACAAACAGUUCCCAGGUCCCUGUACUGGAUGCACAGAGAUAACACCAACAUGGAUCUUUUCCUCUUACUUUGAGUAAGACCAAGUAAAAAAGUUGGGACUGUUCCUUUAAAAUGUGUACGGAAGCCCUGAGAAAGCAAGAACAAUUCUGGUGAUCCAUUUUCAAAGCUCAUUUUCAAUUGUUCUCUCUCCCGUGUGUAUGACUUAAGAACAGAUCGAAACAAAAAAGUGUUUUUUGCCAAGAUUAUCUUUAUAAGUUUAUUACAUGUGUUGUCAUGUGUGAAACAGGUGGAGAGAAAAACGUUUUGCCAGGAUAAUAUUUUACUUUACUGUAACAUAAUGUUACAUAACUUGCUAACAAACAAUAUAUGUACCUUGGGUUUAGAGUGCAUGGAUAAAUUAAAACUCACCUGGAGAACAAACGCAUGAAUGAGAACAUGAGUUAGUGGUGAAAUUCAGCCUCUUGUGGCCAAAAUGAGUAUUACAACAACAAACACUUGAAAAUGAUCAUGACAAAAACAACACAGGUGAAAAAAAGUAACGAUAAAAGUAAAGAUAAAUAUAAGUUUUAAAAUGGAUUACCAGAUUUAAAAAAAAACUAAUUUACCUGCAAGGGCUUCCGUAAAUGACCAAUAGAAAUUAGACAAAUAAUAAGCCAACAGCUUGUGUUCAAAAUCCACCUUUUUCAGAAUGUAUGUGAAAGUUUCCAUCCUGAUGAGUUGAAUAUGAGACAAUAUGCAUCCAGAUGUUGCUGGGAACAACCAUGGUGAUUCUCUCUUGGUGAGUCAGUGCAUUAUUAUUAUUAUUAUUAUUAUUAUUAUUAUUAUUAUUAUUAUUAUUAUUAUUAUUAUUAUUAUUAUUAUUAUAUAUAACAAUACAUUUACUAGAUUGACAGUAUGUCAUGGCAUGAUCACUGUCCUCCAUGAUGAGCUCUUCCAUAAACUUGUAGUAAUGUUGUAUCUAACAAACAUGGCUGAUCAAAGUAUAUUAGAAAAGUAUAUAAAGAAGAUGUAUAUUGAAGACAUUGUGCAAUAUGGGUCAGAGAGGUCUGAGCUGAUUUUAGUGCCUAUUAUUUUGGAGCUGAAUGAGCUCAUAGUUUGUGCUGUAGGAAUGAGGCCGACAUUUUUGCGCUUGUCCCUCAUCUUGAAGUCAAUGGGUUUUUUUUAAUAGAUUUUUUUAGUUAGAUUCCUGAAAUAAGGUCUGUGGUUCAGACAAGUUUAUGGGAAUUUUGAAGCUUUGCUAACAAGCGACUAAAUGAGACUACUAGAGGUUGUCGGGGACGUUAAACAUUAUCAUGCCGAACAUGGGGAAACCUCUGGUGAUUACGCGUGCGCUUCAUAAAUCAUAAAAGUGGUUGUUAUUUGUGAAGAUUAUUUUGCCGAACAAAACAUUUCCCCAUUGACUUUAAGUCGACGGAACCAGCGCGAUGCUAACUUUCGGGUCGGCCUACAAAUAUACGUCAUCCCUGCUGCACUCUAUUGAGGUGAACUUAAUCACAGUGAGGGUAUUUGUGCAAUUUCCCAGCUUUGUUUGCCUCCCUGUGAGUGGUCAGUGUGUGCAGGUCAGAGGUUGUGCCUUGUGAGCAGUGUAGGAGGACUGCUGAGGGGUCAAGACUGAUGAGGAGGAAUGUCCAGAGUUUUAUCCCCCUUUACUACUAAUCACAAAUACUGUAUCUCAUGGCUGAUAGUUUCAAAAUGUACUGUAAUGCUGUACAUGUUUGGCCAACUUCCAAGAAAGCCAGUCGUUUCUCAUCAUUUCGAUACAACAUUGACACUGAACUUCUUGACACCUGCUAAACCAUCCCAGCGAACAUCGUUGUGUGUGUCAAAGUGUAGUAAUGCACCUUUAAGAGCGGAUUGAUUUGACGGCGUACACCAUAUGGCCAAUAGCAUGUGCACCGUCCACAUACUUUAUACAGCACUUAUAGUCUUGGCUCCCUCAGUUCAACGUUCACGUGACGUGAGAGUUGAAGGAUGGCGAUGAUGAUAUGUGAAGGAAGUUUCAGGUCUCUGCAGGUGAUUUUCAAGCUUGUUUCAAAAUGAACUGAUUACCAGUGGCUGCCUGGACAGAAGCAAUCUCAAAACAUGCAGUUUGCUUAAAGAAAUGGCCAGAAUUGAUGUAAAGUACACGUGAUAUGUAGGUAAAAACGGUCAAAAAAUGCAAAAGUUAAGUGUUACUUGCCGUACAAACCGCUCAUUAACAAAUAGUGUUACUGUUAUUUGACUCUCAGCAGUAAUGUACUGUUAGUCAACCGCUUCAGUGGUUCUCCUGUUUUCUGUUUGUUUAUUGCUUAUCAUAUAUUGCCAAAGUAUUUAAAAAAAGAAGUUAUAUUUUAUACUAUUUUGUAUUAUUUCCUUGUGCCAGUAAUCUGCUAAACAUUUGCAUAAUGUAUUCUACAAUGUUAUAAAUGCUCUCUAACAAUCUUCAUUGGAUUUGCACAUGAAGCUUUUCACUCACUUUAAACACAAGCAGGACCGGAACUCUAAACUGAAGUAUAACGGGCCUUUAAACCUGCAUGGACGAGCACAGUGCGUAACCACACUGAAACUACCAAAGGCUUUCAUAGACGUGGAUGUUCAAAAGGAGCGACAAAGAUUCAAAUGUCUUCUCUCCUGUCUUACAUUAUAUGGGCUUUCUUCUUCGUUUGUUUACAGGGAAAGAACAUUGCUGUUGUUUUACAGAUAGGAUUCUACAUGUACUGUAAAGUUGUGUGGUGUAUAUCUGUACUGAUAAAAUCCAAUCUAUGUACCGUAGAUGUAAGACAGAGUAUUAUGUGGUUGAAACCUGAAAUAAAUCUGAGGAAAGUGUACA